CUCAUCGGUCUUGUUGCACUGGUCAGCGAGCCGUACGGCCGCAUUUCCAAUUUAAUACCAAAAUCUUCAGUUCAUAUUUCGCACAAGCACGAUUUCAUGUGAACGUGUUUUUAAAAAAAUAAUAUUGAGGUAUUUUUCUACCUUGUUCAGACCAUAUUAUAAAAUAUUAGGACGUCAAAAUGAAGAACAUUAUUGGAGCUUUUAUUUGACUGUCUUCGAAUUCCUGUCGGUGCAGAUAGCUCGACGAUAGCCAAGCCCAAGUCAAGCGACAUCGAUUUCUGUGGUAUGAACAUUGGUUAUGGUCUGUAUGCAGUGAUGAUGGGCUGGAUGACAUUGAAGUCUUAGAAUUACAUUACGUUUUGGAGGAAAGCUUGAACUAAGGUAGUCUCAGUGUUGCAGACUUUGAAUUUCUUGGACGGUAAUUGAGUAUGACAGUCAUAGGAACCAUUAUUAAAGCGGACUUUUCAUAUUUGUUUAUGAAUGGAGUUGGCGUCAACUGAGAGGAUGAAGGGAGUAACAACAUUCCAUUGACAGCUGAUGUCACCUGGUCGCCAUGGCAACCUUAAUAGAGGCCGCAAAGGCCGGUAACCUAACUCAGGUUCGUCGGAUCGUGCAUGGGGGACGGACCGAUAUCAACUGCAGGGAUAGUGAGAAGAAAGGAACUCCGCUCUUCUGGGCUGCAAAUGGUGGUCAUGAUGAGAUCGUGACCCUGCUGCUCGAAAAUGGAGCUGAUAUCGAGAUCCCGGUCAAGUUUGGAAUGACCCCUCUCCUAGCCGCUGCUGACAGGAAACAUCUUACAACCGUCCAGCUACUAUUAUCACAGGGGGCGAAUGUCAAUGCCCAGAACCAAAACGGUGACACUGCGCUGCACCUGGCAGCAUACCGGGGCUCGGGACGUCUCUGCACUCUACUUAUUGAAUGGGGAGCGAACAGAACUUUCUUGAAUAAUAUUGGCAAAACAGCCCAACAGGUAGCAGAGGCAGAACAGCACAGAUCCAUCAAUAAACUCCUGGCACCAGAGACUAAUCAUAAAGCUGUCUGUCGGAGCGCGUCAUUGCCCUCGGCCCAUCGCAGCUCUAGCGCUGUUGAAACCACCUGGAGAGAGCCUAAAGUAGCAAGCGAGAGCGACGACUCACCAUUCUACGAGAACGAUGAGGAGUGGACUAGUCUUCAGCGGAAAUUAGCUAAGCCACCCUUACACCAAGUCAUGGCAAUCAGGAGAGAUGGGGAGGUGACCAGAAGUUAUUCAGCUCAACAGUUGGACAAAGUUGGCAGAAUGUCUCCACCAUGUAACCAUCAAAAUAUUCCCCACCUGAGAAGUCCGCAUCUCUAUCCGGAAGACGCCUCAAGGCCAUUGCGUCGUGGAUCAGACCCUGAGACAAAACGGGAGAGCACGAGGAAAGUUGUUUAUGUAGAUGGCUAUGAUGACUUUCCAGGAGUUCUGGAUCAUGGCAAAAGAUGGAGUCCUCCAUUGCAUAGGCAACGCUUGGAGACCACACCCGUAGUGCAAUACCGUGAUUUACCAUCGCAGAGAGAUGGUCAUCGGGAGUUUCAGGAGUCCUCUGGAAAUGGCUUUAGCUACAGAACAAAUGGGCAUCAUGAGCAUUCAGUUCCAGGCUAUUAUAGGAGAGAUAUCAGUUCUGAAUAUAACAUCCCUUCAUCAACCGUUAGGAACGGAAGAGACAUAACCCGUCGGUUGAGUCCAGAAACACCAAGGUCAAAGAAACUUGGUGAUGAACACAGACAGCAUACAGGAAUUUUAGCAAAUGCUGGAAGUGCAAUGGCAAAAAGUGGGUAUAAAAGACACAAUAGCCAUGUACAGUGGAAUCCCGAUGUUCUGAGUGGCCACAAAGACUAUGAGCAAAACUCUCAGGGAAGUUAUGCAUUUUCUGAUCAACCCAACGGCCAUAGAUCACAGCAUCAAAGACCGACACAAGAUUUGGGUUCAGAUGCCACAGGAUAUGGAAGACAAAGGACACUUGGAAAGAACAAUUUGCAGAAUGUUGAAAGGAAUAUUCAUGACUCUCCUAGUGAGGCACAAGAGUCUGAAGUCAGACAGUUGCAUUAUGUUAUUGAGAAGCUAAUAGAGGAUAAACUGACUCUAAAAGAACAGAAUCAUGUGAUGGGGGAGAGACUGAAUAGGUUAGAGUCGGUGCUGGAUGCAGCUUUGGCUGCGGACACCAGCUCUGAGGAAUCGUUGCAAACAUCGUCAGAUUCGGACCUGGUCCAAGCCCUGGCCAGGCAGUUGGACUCAAAUUUUGGGAGGAGGUCAAGACUAGAACAGUUAUGUUUGAAGUUGGUGAAUGAUAAUCAAAGACUGCAUGCACUUGCAGCGUCAUCAGGCAGGAGAGACAACUGUGGCAUCGUCUCGAAGGAGAACAGUGGCUCUUCUGAACAUCCUGUCUACAGAAGAAUUGGACAAAGCAUACCAAACAGAAACCCAGAUCUAUUACCUCAACAUGAAAGUGAAUAUUCAAGUACGAGUAGUCCUUCUAACCAGUCAACCAGUUCAUCAUCUUUGUCACCGUUGUCUGAUUCAUCGUUGACUUAUGAUUAUGGGAGUUGUCCUGAUCAUGUAACAUCAAAAGAGAUACGUGACCAGGAAAACUUAUCCUUUGGAAGAUCUUCGGACAUGCAAAAGACCCUUAGCACGGCUUUUGCCGCGGAGUGCUGGCGCUCUCUUAAUUCUAGCUUCCCUCGAGUGACCUUCCAAAGUGGAAACAUUGCUAGCUCUGUCACAAAGGUUGGAGGUAUACCCCUUCCCUCUAAGAACAGAACUGAAAACAUUAAAAGGGUCUUGCAAGCAAUGUGUGAGGAUGAUCAGCACUUGAACUCAAGAGGGCAGUAUUCAACCCAAUUGACUGAUGAAGAACGGUCAGACUGCACUCACACUGUGACAAUUUUAGAGAAAUUGAGACCAACUUCUGAUUCUGAUAGCAAUAGACUUUCACACUUCAAGUGUAUGAUUAAUAACAGAUUGUGCAUAUUGAAGGUAAUGAAAUUAAGCAGGGUUGAUUAUCAAGAUUUUGAUGGAGACGUAGAGGAGAGGAUUCCACCUACAUCACACCUACUUCUACCCUUCCAUCACUUAGACGUUGCUCUUCCUAGAGAGGGAAGGUUUGAACAGCAACUCCAGGUGAAGCUCCAGGACAACCUGAAAAGGAGCAAGGAGAACGUUCCAAGGAGCAGGGAAUAUCAUCAAGGAACUCAGGAAGCAUUGCACCAUGCUUCAGGAGAAGCCAGAUUACACAGGGACAUCGACUUCCACCAUCCUGAUACAGAUGUUUUCCGUUGUAAGGUGUACCCGUUUGUCAUGACCCUUCAGGAGUUGUUUAGUUUAGGGAGGGGUAAUGGAGGGGAGGAGCCAAGGCCCUGCACGGACACCGGUGUCGUCCGCAUCCUCCUCCAGCUCCUUCUGGCGGUGGAGCACCUGCAUCGAGAGGGUGUGGUCCAUGGCAACAUACAUCCUGGGUGUGUCUUUGUGACAGAGGACAUGAGGAUUGUUCUAGGAGGUCUGGAGGAUGCUCGAAGGUUCGGUGGGAGCGAUGGGAAAGUACCAAUCUCAAACACAGCUUCUCAAGGGGUAAGUUCAGGUCAAAGUUCAAAUGAAAGUGACGAUGUAUUUGCUAUAGCAACCACACUGUGCAAGCUCCUUGGGUCAGGAAUGGGCUCUUCCUUCAGUCCAGCUGAAGUUACCGACCGAAAUGUUACCGCCCCUCCAGUCUGGUUAUCAAGAAAUCUUCAUAGCCUACUCACAGAGAUGCUUAGCAGUAAUCCCAAAGAUAGGCCACCUGUGAAGUCGGCUUCGUUAAGAAUGGCAGCCAUGUUGUAUGGCCCUGGACCAGAUGAAGUCAAUAGUGAGGUGGAUUGUGGUGAAUGGUUAAUAUCUCAAGCUCUUCACCUCAUCAUUACCGCACCCAGGGACCAAGCUGCAUCAUGCCCAGCGGGGGAGCCAGACUGCGGGGAUGCUGUUCAUAGAUUUGACUGGGGACUCUGCAGGGACUUCAUCCUUGGCGUAACACCAGAGAAGCUCUGGCAACUCUGCCAACAACAACCCAAGACCUGACUGUUGCCCUACUUCCUCAGAGAUAUAUAGCGCCCUCACCUGCUUCGAGAGGCUGGAUAUAGAGGGAAUUAUGAUAGGGAUCGCUGCCGCGAGUGUAUGCAUAGAGAUCAGUCUGUCCGGCUCUUCUGAGGUAUUUUAGCUGCUGCCAUCCUGUACAGUUAAAAUUGCCUACAUCCUCUUGGGAGACAGGCGCCCUCUAUAGUUUGUACAAGGUACAGGAGUUAAAAAUAGUUGAGAUGAAGCAUUGUCAGCAGCACAAAAUGCAUCUCAGACCUGAUGGGCUUCACCCUCUCAAGAGUGAUGUAGCCGUCUGCUGAUCCGAGAGCGAUGUGUGUAUGUAGUAGAGUGGCGCCCUCUACAGUUUUGCUUCUUCAAAGAGAACAGGCCACCGAGUGCAAGGAUGGAAUAAAAAAAUAAAUAUCAACAUCUACAGCAUCAUCAAUAUAAAUGAGCUCAGGAUGAUAGGUUUCAUUAAUUCUAGAGAGAUGUAGCCUUUUGCCGACACUAGAUAGAUAUGUGGCUCCCUCUAUAGUUUUGCUUGUUGAUUUAGCGUGUACACAUGCACCAAGCCCCAAGAUGAAAAUAGUCAACAUAAAGCACUGUCAGUAUAAGUGAAGUCCAGACAUGAUAGCCUUCACUUACUCAAGAGAGGUGAUGUCUUUUGCCAACCGUAGAUCGACGGGCCUGUGAAGCAGAAAGGCUCCCUCUACAGUUUUGCUUCUUUGCUUAGCAUUUAUAUAAAGAAUUUACCGUAUAGAGGAUGAUAAUAAUCAAGAUGAAAUGUUGACAGCAUAGAUUGAAGCCAUCCUGCACAGAUUUGAUGGGCUUUUGCUGCCCUUGACCAGUAGACCUACAGUAGUGUGCAGCUAUUUAUUUUGUUACUUUAAAAUUAACAUUAGGUGUAUCAAUAUGACUUUGUUUGUAGAAAUAGCAGAAACCGAAGCAUUAG